UGAGCCGCUGGCCUUUGCAUUUGGUUAAAUCAAUACCAGAGCGUUAAAUCGGAUUCUUGUUGCUGUUGGACUUCUCUGUACCGUAACCCCUGUUUAUUUUUCAAGCAAUGGCUGCAGCAAGGGUCGAUGAUAGCAGUUUUGAGGACGAUCAGCUGGCGUCGAUGUCUGUAGAUGACAUCGCUAGGGCUUCUCGGCUUCUGGACAACGAGAUUCGGAUUCUCAAGGAGGAGUUGCAGAGAACGAAUCUUGAGCUUGAAUCCUUCAAGGAGAAGAUCAAAGAGAACCAAGAGAAGAUCAAGCUUAACAAACAGCUUCCUUACCUUGUUGGGAACAUCGUUGAGAUUUUGGAGAUGAACCCAGAAGAGGAUGCAGAGGAAGAUGGUGCCAAUGUUGAUUUGGACUCACAAAGGAAGGGGAAAUGUGUUGUGUUAAAAACAUCUACUCGUCAGACAAUCUUUCUCCCUGUUGUUGGACUCGUUGAUCCAGAUAAGCUAAAACCUGGUGAUUUGGUUGGUGUUAACAAGGACAGCUACCUGAUAUUAGAUACUCUUCCCUCAGAGUAUGAUUCACGUGUAAAAGCAAUGGAGGUUGAUGAAAAACCAACUGAAGAUUAUAAUGAUAUUGGUGGCCUUGAAAAGCAGAUACAAGAACUUAUUGAGGCCAUUGUUUUGCCCAUGACCCACAGAGAGAGGUUUGAGAAAUUAGGAAUUCGUCCACCAAAGGGAGUGCUCUUGUAUGGACCACCUGGUACUGGGAAAACCUUAAUGGCUCGUGCAUGUGCAGCACAAACAAAUGCUACAUUUUUAAAGCUAGCUGGUCCACAGUUGGUUCAGAUGUUCAUUGGAGAUGGAGCAAAACUUGUUCGUGAUGCUUUUCAACUUGCAAAGGAGAAAUCUCCCUGCAUAAUAUUUAUAGAUGAGAUUGAUGCAAUUGGAACAAAGCGGUUUGAUAGUGAAGUAAGUGGAGAUAGAGAAGUGCAACGAACAAUGUUGGAGCUACUAAACCAACUAGAUGGUUUUAGCAGCGAUGAGCGGAUAAAAGUUAUAGCAGCAACUAAUCGAGCUGAUAUCCUUGAUCCUGCUCUUAUGCGUUCCGGUCGAUUGGAUCGUAAAAUUGAGUUGCCUCAUCCAUCUGAAGAAGCGAGGGCCAGAAUAAUGCAGAUCCACUCGAGAAAAAUGAAUGUGCGUCCAGAUGUGAACUUUGAGGAGCUUGCUCGUUCAACAGACGACUUCAAUGGGGCACAACUAAAAGCAGUGUGUGUAGAGGCUGGCAUGCUUGCUCUCCGCCGAGAUGCAACAGAGGUGACCCACGAAGACUUCAAUGAGGGAAUUAUUCAGGUACAAGCUAAGAAGAAAGCAAGCUUAAAUUAUUAUGCAUAGUUGUGACUUGUGUCAUUUGUUAUUGUAUUAUGUAAAAAUUGCAAGUGAAUUUCUGUCCUAGCUAUCUAACAAACAGGCGUUUUAAGAACAAUGACUUGUGAGAUAUCUAUAUUUCCUUAUUUUUUUCUUUUUUUUUUGGGGGGUAAAUGAUGAACAGCUACAUACACAUUUAUCCAAAAAACUUUGGAUCCGAAUCUCCCUACAUUUUAUCA